AUAGCACGAACAGAAUCAAUAAAGACGUACAAGGAUGCCUUAGCUAGGGUAAUUUCGAAAGGAAAUAUUGAAGAUAACGUUUCAAACUCAAUAACAUUGACGGAAGGAAAUUACACGUAUACGAUUCGGUGUCCAGUAGCGCCAAAAUGCGAUGACUACUACGUCAUCCAACAUUAUAAAACUAGUGCUAUUAAAGACAUUCCGUCACUUGAAAGAUGGAAACAUUCUGAAGCUAGCGUGAAGUUGUAUACUUGCAAUACCUAUCCUGCUGAUAAUGAAAUAUCAAAUAAAAUAAACGAAUUUAUUCGUUCAAUUUUGAAUCGAUGUUCAUCGGAUCCAAAACGAAAGAUUGUAAAAAACAGCAAAAAAUAA